AUGUUUUCCAGCGUAUUACUGCGCGGGGCAUCGGAACCCGGCCGGAGGGCAAUAACGCUGCCCACACUGCUCGAUACGGUGCGCCGCGAUCCAGGAAUGACGGCCGUUUAUUAUGCCAAUCGUUACUUUGGAAAAGAACGAAUAAUGGAGGUAACACGCGUCCUGUGGGGUGAACUGAAGUUCCACGGCCAGGUCACGGUGGAUCGUAUAGACGGGCCAGAAGAGCCCCCACGGUGGUACCCCGUGUUUUCUGUGCCGCGCAAACUCCACCGAAUACGUCGCCACUGUGCGGAGGAGGAAGAUCUCAGCGUGCUGCAGCACACUGAUUUAACAUCGGAUAGCGCGGCACCGGCACCGGGAGAUAAUGAUGCAAGUGCAUCCUUCGCUGCCGCUGUCGAGGACAACAUCAUCAAUUUAGUCCACUCUAUCCCGGGGCGCAACAUCCAGUUUUAUAUUAGCGAACUUCCCACCUCCAUGCAGCCAUAUGGCCCGAUGGCGUUUAAACGGUUGCGGCAAGCUGAGGUAAUCAUUAGGGAACAGACACCGCAGGGAACUUUUGUAUGGAAGUAA